AAUACGCAUUGAGUUUUACUGGUCUAUCUCAUAAAUAGGUGAAACAUCACAUUCACAUGACAUCAGAAAUUUUAAUAUACAGGGUGAAGAUUAUUUCAAGUAUAAUAUUUUGGUUAGAAAGCAUAAUACGUACGCACUGACUAAUUCAAUCCUGUGGUCAUCAGCCACCAUGUCCAGUCCUUAUUAACUUGAAAUCAAGUUUCAAUUAAAGAAGUUGCAGAAGUUGAAAGGUGCUCAAUAUGUCAACCAAUGGCGGCUCUAAUUGGUUUUCUUUGGGUUAAAACAAGCAAAUCUAGAGGAAUAAGGAUAUGAAACAAAGAUGUUUGCUUUUAAAGUAUAUAAAAUCUCUUUUUUCUGCUUAAGGUGUACAUGAGGUCAAGUGCAAAUCAUUUGAAGUCUUUGCUGCUGUUUAUUUCUGAAAUCACAAAAUUAUCACUUAUGACAGAAAACAAGAAUUUCAUCAAAGUAGGAUGCUUAUUUAUCGUGUUCCUUCCAUCAUCAUUGAUUUGGAAUCCUCAGAGAAUACACCAACAAAUGCAGAAGAGAUCUAACUUUCCCUAUCAAAAUUGAUAAACAUAUAUAUAGCAAAAACCUGUUGUCAAAAUGCAACAUUACGCGUAUCAGUAUGAUUACACAAAAACAAGAAGCCGAAAGAAUCAUAAAACAGAUGGAUAGGGUAGUUAAACACAUGGGUGAAGUUCUAUAAUCCAUAAAAUCAGCAUCAGGAGAAUAUUUCCACUAUAUAUGCAAUUCAAUCAAUAGUGAAAGACAUCAAAGGUUUUUAUUUUGAAGCUAGUGAAAUGCAGACGAUAGGAGACAUAUAUGUUCACAAUGAGAAAGAUCUUUACUCCAUUAAUGUUCUUCAAGGUUCCAUGGACCAUGAAUCGACAGAAAUAAUAGAUGUUUACAUGGAACCACUCUAUGAAACUUUCUUUUGUCCAUUGACAAAUAAGAUAAUGGAUGAUCCUGUUACAAUCGAAACAGGCAUCACUUAUGAGAGAGAUGCGAUAACAGAAUGGUGCAAAAAGUUUGGUGAUCCUGCUGAUAUCAUUUGUCCAAAAACAGGCGUUAAGAUAACCAAUCAAGUUUUCAACAGAAAUAUUGCAUUAAUGGAAACCAUCAAGAAAUGGGAGGAAAGAAAUGAACAAGCAAUUAUAAGGGCUGCAAAAUCAACUCUAUCUUUAGUCAGUAAUAAGACCAUGAUUCUUGAAGCAUUGCAUAAUUUGCAGACUUUAUGUAGAAAAAAACAGUACAAUGUGGUUGAGAUACGUACUAUUGGUGUCAUACCACUUCUUGGAAGAAUCUUGGGACAUGAAGACAAAGAUGUGAUCUUUGAAACGCUUGAGUUACUAAAAAAGUUGGCUGAAAAUGUUGAUGAUGAUGAUGAUGAUGAUGGAAAAGAAAUGAUUGUCAAGACAAUGGACUUAUCUGUUAUAAUACAGAAUUUGUCGAGUGAAGUUGAAUGUAUUAGGCAUGCGGCUUUGCUUCUUCUUGUUGAUCUUUCAAAAAGUGGAGAUUUUUGUGAUAAAUUUGGUUCGGUUACUGGAGGAUUUUUAAUGCUGAUUACUCUGAAGUAUAGACAGCCCAUUGAUGAGUUGGCUUUAGAGAAAAUUGAUGAAAUUUUGAAAAACUUGGAGAGGUCAUCAAGUAACAUCAAGUGUAUGGCAGAAAAUGGACAUUGGCAGCCCCUAUUGCAUCAUUUUCUUGAAGGUGAUGAAGAGACGAAGAUGGAAAUGGCGAGUUUCAUUGGCGAAAUUUUUCUUGGAAAUGAUGAUGAUAACAACACUUAUGUCGCAGAAACUGCUUCACAUGCUCUAAUCGAAAUGGUGUUUCAAGGUAACUCACUAGCAAGAAAUGUUGCAUUUAAAGCACUGAAGCAAAUCUCAUCUCACCAUGAAAAUGGAAAGAUUCUUGUGAAAUCAGGUGCAAUAACCAACAUGUUGCAUGAAAUGUUCAAAAGAACAAUCUAUAAUGAGCCAACGAAUUCGAAAGCAGAAGCAGCUGGGAUACUUGCAAACAUACUUGAAUCAGGAGAGGUUGACUUAACUGACCUUCAAGUUGACCACACGAUGUCAUUGGAUUACAUCAUUUACAAUUUCGUAAAGGGUGUCUCCAAUUCAACACCAGAUGAAUUGAGCAUCAACUUUGUUAGAAUCCUAUUGUGCCUCAUGAAAUUCCCAAAAACGUCGGAUAUUAUUGUGUCUUUGGUAAAAGAGAGCGAUUUAUGCACAAAUUUGAUUGAACUUCUGAAUAACCCAAGUGCGAAACUUCAAAUCUCUUCCAUCUUGUUUUCAAUUUCUCUAUCGCCCUUUUUUGGUCAUACAUUAGCAGAAAGGCUAUGUAAAACAAGAGGCCAACCUCAAAACUUGCUAAAAGACUUGCCAAGAACAAUGCCACCAACAAAAAAACAAGCGGUUUCAGUCAAAUUUUUAGCAACACUUCCUCACGAAAAUCUUACUCUCAAUCUUGCUCUACUCAACAUGGAUAUCGUUCCUUUAAUUUUGACAGAAAUAGAUCGUGUUCAGAAAUCUGGCAUGAGAAUAAACAAAUAUGGAAGUGAUUAUUUUGAAGGACUUGUGGGUAUUCUUGUUAGGUUUACUUCAACUCUAUACGAGCAACAGUUUUUGAUUCUAGCAAUGAAUUUUAGUUUCACAAGAACGUUCACAGAAUUGCUUAUGAACACAAGUGAUGAAGUUCAGAGGUUAUCGGCAAUUGGGUUACAGAAUCUUUCAUCAAAGACUGUUUCUUUAUCAAAGCCAACCGAUAUCAAGGAACACAAGUUGAGAAAGUUUUCAUUUUUACAGAAAUGUUUCCCAUUCAAUUCAAGAAAACUUAAAACCACACCAAUGUACAUGUGCCCUAUUCACAAAGGAGCUUGUUCUUCUCAAGAGACCUUUUGUUUGCUUGAAGCAAAUGCGAUUCAGAAGUUAUUGACUUGCUUUGACCACAAGAAUGUAGAUGUAGUGGAGGCUGCAUUAUCGGCUAUUUGCACUUUGUUAGAUGAAAGAGUUGAUUUGGAAACAAGUGUGAGUAUUUUGAUCCAUGAAAAGGCUAUACAACAUGUUUUGAAUGUGGUGAAGGAGCAUAAAGAUGAGUCUUUGAGGCAAAAAUCGUUUUGGAUUUUAGAGAAAAUGUUGAUGAAAGGAGAUGACAACUCAACUUCUGAAAUAUCACAAGACAGGUUCUUCCGUGCAAUGUUAAUCACUACUUUGCAUCAUGGCCAUGCGGACAUUAAGUUGAUGGCUGAGAGAAUCUUGAGGCAUUUGAAUACAAGGCCUAACUUUAAUACGAAUUUUACAAUGUAAUUCUACAUACUUUUUUGUAUAGCAUACAAUACUACUUGUAAAGUUUCCAUACAUCAAGAAUCAAAUUAUUGUUUGUGCA